AUGACUGGGAAAGAGCGCCGUGAAAGCGAAUCCUCCAGUGGUUCUAGUGGCUCCGAUUCUUCUUCGGAUGGCGAAGAAGAGACCAGCCCUCAGAAUGAUACUGUGUUCAACAAGUACACUAUGGCUGGUGAGAUCGUCAACACCGUUCUGAAGGUAAGAGUUUAAUUGUUUGAUGGUUCAUGUGUUUAGGAGUUGAUCGCCAAGGUCAAAGAAGGUGUCACAAUUGGAGAACUCUGCGAUCAUGGAGACAAUCGUAUCACAGAGCUAACUGGGAAGCUGUUUAAGAAGGACCCAAAGGUGAACAAGGGCCUUGCUAUGCCCACUUGCGUUUCUGUUGACAAUAUUGUAUGUCAUUACUCUCCGUUAAAAAGCGAUGAACCAGUCGCUUUGAAGGAUGGACAAGUUGUUAAGAUUGAUUUGGGAGCUCAUGUUGACGGUUUCGUCGCCCACGCAGCCCACACCACUGUUGUAGGAGCUAGCAAAGUAAGUUUGGUGUUUAUCUAUGGUUCCCUUGUAAAUGUGGAGAAUAAUUUCGCUCUACUAUGAUUUAGGACAACAAAGUGUCUGGCAAGAAAGCCAAUGUUAUUCUUGGUGCCUACAACGCCCUGGAAGCCGCUCUUCGACAUCUUCAUCCAUCAAAAGGAAAGAACAGCCAGGACAUAACUGAUGUUAUCGACAAAGUUACAAAGAUAUAUGACGUCAAACCAGUCGAAAACAUGUUGUCACACCAAUAUGACAAAUACAAGAUAACUGGUGAGAAGCAAAUCAUUCAGAAUCCAACUGAUGACCAGAAAACCAAAGUGGAAAAGUUCAAGUUUGAGAAUUACGAGGUUUAUGGAUUCGAUAUUUUGGUGACAACCGGAGAUGGUAUGUUAGGAUAUGGAUGUUUUUAAUACUGCAAUUGUAGGGAAAGUAAAACAGCAUGAAACUCGUACUACUGUGUUCAAGAAGAAUGACGACUUUGUCUAUUCUCUGAAGAUGAAAGUUUCCCGAGCAUUCUUGACCGAUGCCACCAAGAGAUUCCAAAAUUUUCCGUUCUCUCUAAGAGCCUUCGAAGAGGAAACCAAGGCCAAGAUGGGAAGUGUAGAAUGUUCGAAUCACGGACUGAUUCAGCCUUACCAUGUUCUUGUUGAUAAGGAUUCGGAACUUGUGGCUCAUUUCAAGGCUACAGCUAUCAUCCUCCCGAACGGAAUUAUUAAGGUGUCUGGUUUACCCCUGGAAACUGAUCUCUAUGAGACUGAUGUCAAGAUUGAAGACAAAGCGUUGGCUGCUCUGCUCCAGGAGAGUCUGAAACCAAAGAAGAAGAAGCCAGCCAAAAAGACCGAGGCCAACUAA